AUGUGUCCCGGGGCUCCACACGGCCCAGGGCAACAUGUGCCCCGGGGUUCCACACGGCCCCGGGCAACAUGUGUCCCGGGGCUCCACACGGCCCAGGGCAACAUGUGUCCCAGGGCUCCACACGGCCCAGGGCAACAUGUGUCCCGGGGCUCCACACGGCCCAGGGCAACAUGUGCCCCGGGGCUCCACACGGCCAAGGGCAACAUGUGUCCCGGGGCUCCACACGGCCCAGGGCAACAUGUGCCCCGGGGUUCCACACGGCCCCGGGCAACAUGUGUCCCGGGGCUCCACACGGCCCAGGGCAACAUGUGUCCCGGGGCUCCACACGGCCCAGGGCAACAUGUGUCCCGGGGCUCCACACGGCCCAGGGCAACAUGUGCCCCGGGGCUCCACACGGCCAAGGGCAACAUGUGUCCCGGGGCUCCACACGGCCCAGGGCAACAUGUGCCCCGGGGCUCCACACGGCCCAGGGCAACAUGUGCCCCGGGGCUCCACACGGCCCCGGGCAACAUGUGUCCCGGGGCUCCACACGGCCCAGGGCAACAUGUGCCCCGGGGCUCCACACGGCCCCGGGCAACAUGUGUCCCGGGGCUCCACACGGCCCAGGGCAACAUGUGUCCCAGGGCUCCACACGGCCCAGGGCAACAUGUGUCCCGGGGCUCCACACGGCCCAGGGCAACAUGUGCCCCGGGGCUCCACACGGCCAAGGGCAACAUGUGUCCCGGGGUUCCACACGGCCCAGGGCAACAUGUGCCCCGGGGUUCUACACGGCCCCGGGCAACAUGUGUCCCGGGGCUCCACACGGCCCAGGGCAACAUGUGUCCCGGGGCUCCAUACGGCCCAGGGCAACAUGUGUCCCGGGGCUCCACACGGCCCAGGGCAACAUGUGCCCCGGGGCUCCACACGGCCAAGGGCAACAUGUGUCCCGGGGUUCCACACGGCCCAGGGCAACAUGUGCCCCGGGGUUCCACACGGCCCCGGGCAACAUGUGUCCCGGGGCUCCACACGGCCCAGGGCAACAUGUGUCCCGGGGCUCCACACAGCCCAGGGCAACAUGUGUCCCGGGGCUCCACACGGCCCAGGGCAACAUGUGUCCAGGGUACCUGA